AGUCAACGUCUUCCGAAUGCAAUGCUCAUUAUAAACAAAUCUGAGAUGGCGGAAUUUAAUGAUAUGGGAAACGAAACGGAGCAGAACAAUAGUGGUGCUCGAUUGGAAAGAAUAAAAAAAGAUUUGGAAGGAUGGAAAGAAGUAUUGUUGCCUCUAAAUGGAUUAAUUAACUGGGAAAAGCCAUACCAUCCACCAAUUAUUGUUGGUCUCAGUACAUUUGUCUUCUUCCUGAUUUGGUAUUUUCAACCCUCCAUUUUGACUACCUUUUCGUUGAUUGGAUUGGCUAUAAUUCUGAUUGACUUCCUUGUUCCUAUGGUUGGUCCAACCUUGAUGUCAUCUAGAUGGACUGGAAGAGAAGAAAGGCAGUAUGAAGAUGUUUGUAUCCGUAUGUUGAAUGCCAAAACUCAUUUCAGUAAUUUCUAUGAAGCAAUGGUAGAUCUGAAAACCAACAGGCCUAAAAUGUAUUUCAUUAUAAUUAUGGGAACACUAAUUUCAUUUGCAUGGAUUGGAUGUAAAAUGGAUAAUUUGUUAAUGACCUACUUUCUCUUGAAUUUAAUUAUGCUUGUACCUGGUAUCAGAAGGAAUGGAAUACUACAGAAAUACUUUGGAAGACUGGGAAAUGCCAUCAAAUCAUUGAUACAGGGAAGAGUCAAGAAAUUGAAGUCAAAGUAGUGUUCAACUUAUAAAGACAAUUCCAUUUAUCUAAGUCCCAAACUUUUGUAUAUUUGAUAUAUUUCUUAUGUAGGUAGCUUAUGUGUGUAGUGUUGAUUUGUGAUGAUUUUGAUUUUUUUUAGAAUAGUGAAUUGUAUUUAAUAUGGGGAUGUUUUAGUAAUUAUAUUAAAAUGUGACAGAAGUAUGUUUGACAGAAAUGUUUGGUGCUUAAGAGGUAUGAAAAAUCUGUUUAAAAUAAACAUCAAAAUUGAACCAAGUUUACAGAUAGUUUGGGUAACAUCUUUUUGAUACAUGAACAAUUCAUACAAGUGAAAAAAAAGUAAAUAUUAAUAAAAGAUAUCAAAUAGUCCAAAAAACUGUGACAUAUUUAAAAUAUACAAUUUCAGUUGGUUUUUUUCUGUAUUGUACUUGAAACAAAGCUUGAUACACAAUAUUUUGUAGACCUUUUUGAAAUAAUACAUGAUGCAUAAUAAAAAAAAAUGUUAAUAAUUGUUCAAACCCAAGAUUUAAAUAAAAAUAUGCGUCAUUAUGUAACAUGAUAAUACUAAUAUUCAUAUAUAUAUUAAUUUGAUCUCAAUUAAUUUCUUCCUGUUAAUCCAAUUGUCAACACUUUGAAAACAUAUUGGAAAAAAUAUGCUUUUUUAGUUUAAACAAUAUUGUAUUCAAAUAAAUUGAAUUGGAUGAGCUACAGACAUAGCCUAUUACAGUUUUGUAGAUGUGUAAGAUAUCAUUAUUUAUUUUCAUAAAUUGUAUUUCAACAAACUAUAACAGUAUAAUUCAAUGAAAUUUGAGCUACUUAUUCCCCAAGAAAAAAGAUUUUCAUUUCAUCAUAGAAAUAUUAGUAUAAUAUAUUCUUUCUUGAACUUAAUAACAUAUAUCAUGUAUAUUUCUGGUUAGCUGUUGUAUAAUUUGUGUAUUCUAUAAAACUUAUAAACAACUUUAAAAAAAAAAGUUUGUCACUUGUAAAAUUCAUGUUGUACAUAACUAAUCAAUGUAAACAAAAUAACAUCAGCAUUUAACAUAGAAGUAUUAUAGUACCUCCAUGCAUAAACUGUUGGGUAGGUUAUAAUAGCUGUUUAUAUUUACACCUCUGUAGGGAAUACAUUUAUCAUAUAUGGUUACACUUAAUUUAUUUUAAACUUUCAAAUAAAAACUUAUCUGUCAUUGAUAUGGUAAUAUUUAUAAAUGAACUGUUUACAAACAAUUUUGAAAAUUUGAAAGUAAAAUCAAUGCAUAGACACACACUAACAUUGUGAUGAUGAAUACAUUAUUUGCACAUAUUUCAUCGUAUUUCGAAGUGGAAUGUGUAAGGUUUUCUGACAUUUCACUGAAAUACUAAGGCUUUUCUACAUCAGGAAUAGACGACCUUAGCUGUAUUUGGCAAAACUUUUAGGAAUUUUGGUCAUCAAUAUUGCUCUUCAAAUUCGUACAUCAUUAAGCCUUUUUAAUUUUUUUCGAUUUGAGCGUCACUGAUGAGUCUUUUGUAGAUGAAACACACGUCUGGCUAAAAUAAAAAAUUAAAUCCUGGUAUAUAUGAUGACUUUAUCUGUUACAUAUUGCAGGCAGAAUAAAUGUUUUCUUUUUUUUUUAAACUUUUGGAAAUUAGAAAUGAACAAAAAUGUCCAAGUAUAUAUUUUUGAAAUCAAAUUAAAAAAUCAAACUCUAAAACAACCAUUGUUGUAUGAAAAAUUAAAGCCAUCUUAUUUUUUUAUAAUUUUGAAUUUUUAAGCAUUUAUUAUUUGCGCUUUUUGUCUUCCAAAAAUCUAAUAGCAUGAAAUGUUGAUUUGGUGUGGCCUUCAACAUACUGUAUAUGAACUUAGCUUUAAUUAUUAUACCUCAGUAUUAAUUUGUAUUUUCCAAAUAAGAUUAUAGAUACAUACAUGUGCACUAAUCAUUUUUACAAAAUUAUCUAAAAAAAAUGUGUGAUCCUCAUGGGUAGUCAAGAUCUUUAAAAGGUCUUUAAACAUGUUAAGUAUAUACCAUUAACUAUUUACCUGUGCAUUGCUUUGGGAGAUAUUUAUUGUCUGUGGGGAAAACAAACUUAUAAUUAUAGCCAGUAAAUAAGUGUAUACUAUAAAAAUAUUAUUUAGUUAAGAAAUAUGUUCUAACCUAAAAACUAAUUAAUCCCAUAUUGGUUCUAUAGAUAUCCAAUAUCAAGGAUUUGUAUAGUUUAACAGUACUUGUCCCAACCUUUAUAUGAAAAUGAUCAGCCACUGACAUGUAUAUAAAACGCAAAUUAUACAGUGAAUCGUCCUGAAAUGUGUGGUCAAUUCUUUUUUGCCACAAAUAUGGUUUUGCACCUGUUUCCCACAGAUUGAUAGUUUCCUAAGUUGAAAGUAGCUAUAAUGACAUCAUUUACAAGAAUGAGAUUUUUUUUCAUUUCUUUGACUGAAAAUAAAAAUUUACAGAGGUUACAUACAAACACAUUGUCAACUGUCGUAAUACACAUUGCGUUAUGUACAAUGUCCAUCAAAUAAAACACUUAAAUUACGCUAUUUGUCAAUUGAAAAUCAAGUGAUAAUCAAUAAUAUUUACAUUUAAGAACGAAUAAAGUCCGUUACCAUAAUGAUAUAGUCUAUACGUGACAAAAAUAAGAAAACAAAGCAUUACAUGUGAACAAAAAUUACGUUCCAAUAUCACAAUAGUACAAAAUGUAGAGGUAGUGGCGAGUAGUGCGAAGUCUCGCCGCGGAAGAGAUUAUGAUAAACCGUGAGAUUCCAAUCCUUCUAACUAUACAAAUCCUUGACAAUAUCAAUCAUAUUUUGAAUAGGAAUUUUUACUGAUAUCUUAUUUUAUUUUAUAUUUUAUUAUUUGAAGUGGUUAAAAUGUCUGCAAAAUUUAAAUCUAAAGAUAUCUGAAAAGGAAUGAUUCCCAUGUGAAUUACAGAAUUUAUAUUUAUUUUGAUGUUAUUAUUUAUGUUCUCACAUGCAUACAAUAAUGUUUUUCUUCAUUUUGCUAAUCAAUAAUUUCAAGCAAUAAUUGCAAAAUGCUUUCUUGUGCCAAAUGUAAACAUACAAUAUAAUGUCAUAAAAAUUUCUGUUUUUAUUUCACAAUCAGUUUCUUUUUACAAUUUGAGUGCCUUAAAUUCUUUUGACUAUAAUAAAAUGGAACUUAUCAGUAGCAGAUCCAGGAUUUUUGAAAAAAGAAGGGGAGGGGGUUCUUCAGAUUCUUUUUAUAUAAGGGCUUUUCCAAAAAUAAUUGUAAGGGGGGAGAAUGGCACUUUAAGAUUGCUUGAACAUUUAAAUGAAAUUUCCAAUUUAAAAUGUAUGCAUGGUGGGGUCAAAUAAAAAGUGCCUUCACUCCCCUCCUUGGAACAGCCAAAACAAAAUUUGUGUAUUAGUAUUUGAAUGGUUUUAAGUGUGCUUCAUAAUUGAAUUGUUAGAUUUUGUUAAGUUUUAUACGUUAUUUAUCCAUAUAAAUGAUAUUUUGUUUUUUCUAUGUAUUUUUGUCCCAAUUCAUAAUGAUUAUAUGUAAAUGAAUGAAAGCAAGGUUUCACUUAUUUAUUAUACAUUUUAUACCUGCAGUAGUAGUUUUUAUAAUUUCACAUAUAAUUCAGAGGUUUUGAUCAUUAGCAUUAUAUAGUUUAUCACAACAUAAACCCUUCAUGUGUUAACACCUUUUCUUGCAAGUGAAUUAUUAAGUUGUAUAAGAGAAGCAUUUUUAGGACAAUAUAAAAGAUAAAAUACAAAAACUUUAAUAGAUAAUAAAGCUAUAAACUGGAAACUGAAAGACCAAUAUUUCAACUUAUUAAGUCUUCUCAAGUGAUGUUGAAAAAUUAGUAGAAAUACCUAAAUCAGAGGCGGAUUUAGAGGGUUUUUCCUGGGGCUCGGGUCCCCCCUUUCUGGGAAAAAUUUGGUGGAUAAUAUAGGGAAUCACUGAAGCAUGACUGGAGAGGGCCCCCUCUUAGGCAGUCAGUGGGCCAACACUUAUGAAAAUUUCUGGAUCCGCCACUGUAAAUCAGUUAGGGCUGUUCCAGAAAAUACUAUGUCCCCCCCAGGGAAGGUAAUUUUUUAAAUAUUAUGUGGGUGGUUGUAUUUGAAAUACCAAAAUGCAAAGGGAGUGCUGUUCUAAUUAAAUUUUAUUUUUGUGGGUGGUGGGGGUUAAAAAAAAGUGCCUGGGGGGGGACAAAGUAUUUUCUGGAACAGCCCUUAUAUUAAAGUGUAUUUUAAUAUCAAAAAUUUGAAAAAAAUCACUAUUUAUGCACAACUUUUUAAUCAAAAGUUAUAAUAUAGGUUUGGGUGCCAAUUAAAUUUCCUGUGCCUUUAUUUCUAAACACGUCAGUUCAGUAGUAAAGUUUUCAACUAUGAAGUAAAUUUCUAUUGGUAUUUUUUCGAUAAUUGUUAUACAUGUACUACUAUUAAACUUGAAGUUUUGAUGGCAUGAAACAUGAGAAACAUGUUUAGGAACUAUUGUCUUCUUAAAACUUUAUUGAGAAUGAAAUUUAAAUACUAUGGAUUCAUUAAUAUUCGUUGUAUACUAAUUUUCAUACCACCAUUAAAAUCACACUGUAUUUUAUUUCAUAUAUUUUUGUUUGCUUGUAAAUAUUGUACUUUUUUUCUUGCCAGGCUUUGUUGUUUUUACAAGAUGACAAUUAUUUUUUUUUAGAGUUUUGUAAAUUAAUUCUUUAUAUGUUUGAAAGAUGUAUGUAAGAUUCUACAUUUUUUAUUUUUCUGUCUUUUUUAAGAGUUUUAUAAGUUUAUUAUAAAAUGUACAGCCCUCUUCCGUAAUUCAGAUUGAUUUGAACCAAUUUCUAAAAUCUGAUGAAUAUUAUACACAUGUUAGAAUGCUUAUAGACAAAAUAAGAUUCAGUUUUUGGUCAAGUUUAGGUUAGUUUGAUGUGAUUUUAAAGUCAAGUUAUGAUCUGAUUAAUAGGUUCACAGAUGCUGUGAUCUUGAUUUUAUUAUUAAGGGGUCAUCCAUAAUUGUCAACAAUUUUCCAAAGUGUACAAAACAUACACUUUUUCAGACCCUCCACUCUCCCUCAAAAAGUGAACAUCAACCAUUUUCAGAUUUCUAGACGAGAAUCAAUCAUUCUAAUAAAAAAAAGAUCAACUCUAUUAUAGAAAUUUGCAUUGAAAAUAAAGUUAAACAUAUCUGACUGUUUUAUUUGAUAAAUUAAAAAAAAGCGUACUAUAAAAAUGUUAAUAUUUUAACCCCUCCCCCAAGAGUACGUUUUGUACACUUUGGAAAAUGGUAGCCAAUUAUGGAUGACCCCUAAGUGAUCUAAUUUGUUUAUUUUUCGGUGCAGAAUGAAUUUUGAUACCAGAAUAACUUACAAGAAGCUCCUCUAAAGCUUACACAUUAUUAUUAUGACCAUUUAUAAGGUCAUUUUGGUGCAAUAUAUUCUACGUAGAUGACUUACCUGUAGCUAAGUAAAGAGUAUUAGGCUUUGGGAAUUUGCAAAUUAUCAUUUGAUGCAGCUUAGGAAAGUAGCAUAAUUGUAGUGGUGCUUGUAUGCUGAUUAUUUAUCAAAAAUAUAAUUACAAAAAAUAAAAAUAUAUAUACCAAUACACAUAUUUAACAGUGCCUAGUGAUUUUCAGCGGGGGAAUUGUCAGUGAACCAUUACUAUAUUACCCAAAUUAUAUACAUUUUAAUUACAUUUAAAACAUAAAAAUGUUUGCUAGAGCUUGGGUAAACAGAAUGAAGUUCAAAUUUAUUGCAAAUACUGUAAUAUAUUCAGAUUGGUUUUGCUGGUAUUUUUGUGCAUUUAACCUUAUUGACAUCAUAAUUUAUUUAUGGGAUUUUCAAACUUGAUGUUAUUAUGAAAGAUUCGCAAUGAUUUAUGUUUUCAUUAUUUUUAUACGACCGCAAAUUUUGAAAAAAUUUUCGUCGUAUAUUGCUAUCACGUUGUCGUCGUCGUCAGAAUACUUUUAGUUUUCGCACUCUAACUUUAGUAAAAGUGAAUAGAAAUCUAUGAAAUUUUAACACAAGGUUUAUGACCAUAAAAGGAAGGCUGGUAUUGAUUUUGGGAGUUUUGGUCCCAAUAUUUUAGGAAUUAGGGGCCAAAAAGGGCCCAAAUAAGCAUUUUCUUGGUUUUCGCACUAUAACUUUAGUUUAAGUUAAUAGAAAUCUAUGAAAUUUUGACACAAGGUUUAUAACUACAAAAGAAAGGUUGGGAUUGAUUUUGGGAGUUUUGGUUUCAACAGUUUAGGAAUAAGGGGCCAAAAAAGAGCCCAAAUAUGCAUUAUUCUUGGUUUUCGCACAAUAACUUUAGUUUAAGUAAAUAGAAAUCAAUGAAAUUUAAACACAAUGUUUAUGACCACAAAAGGAAGGUUGGUAUUGAUUUUGGGAGUUUUGGUCCGAACAGUUAAGGGAAAAGGGGCCCAAAGGGUCCAAAAUUAAACUUUGUUUGAUUUCAUCAAAAUUGAAUAAUUGGGGUUCUUUAAUAUGCCGAAUCUAACUGUGUAUGUAGAUUCUUAAUUUUUGGUCCCGUUUUCAAAUUGGUCUACAUUAAGGUCCAAAGGGUCCAAAAUUAAACUUAGUUUGAUUUUAACAAAAAUUAAAACCUUAAGGUUCUUUGAUAUGCUGAAUAUAAAAAUGUAUUUAGAUUUUUGAUUAUUGGCCCAGUUUUCAAGUUGGCCCAAAUCGAGGUCCAAAAUUAAACAUUGUUUGAUUUCAUCAAAAAUUGAAUAAUUGGGGUUCUUUGAUAUGCCAAAUCUAACUGUGUAUGUAGAUUCUUAAUUUUUGGUCCAGUUUUAAAAUUGGUCUAAAUUAAAGUGCAAAGGGUCCAAAAUUAAACUAAGUUUGAUUUUAACAAAAAUCAAAUUCUUGGGCCUCUUUGAUAUGCUGAAUCUAAACAUGUACUUAGAUUAUUCAUUAUGGGCCCAGUUUUCAAGUUGGUCCAAAUCAGGAUCUAAAAUUAUUAUAUUAAGUAUUGUGCAAUAGCAAGUCUUUUCAAUUGCACAGUAUUGUGCAAUGGCAAGAAAUAUCUAAUUUCACAAUAUUGUGAAAUAGCAAAUUUUUUUUUAAUUAAGAGUUAUCUUUCUUUGUCCAGUAAAGUAAGCAAGAAAUAUCUGCAAGAAUUUUUUUUAAUUGGAGUUAUCUUUCUUUGUCCAGAAUCAACUUAAAUCUUUGUUUUAUACAAUAUACAAUGUAUAUUCACUUUUUACUACCAACUGAUAAAUUGAAAUAAUCUUUACCAUUCAGUGAUAACAAGCAGUUUUUUUACAUCUUAAUAUUUUAAGAUGUAUUUAAAUGAGUAGUAAUUGUUGCAAACUCCAUUAGAAUAUUUUAAUUGAAAUUAGUUUUGGAAUAAGGGAAAGGGGGAUGUGAUUAAAAAAUUGGGUUCAAUUUUUCUCAUUUGAAAUUUCAUAAAUAAAAAGAAAAUUUCUUCAAACAUUUUUUUGAGAGGAUUAAUAUUCAAAAGCAUAGUGAAUUGCUCUAAGAGAAAACAAAAAUUUUAAGUUCAUUUGAAUACAUUCAUUCUGUGUCAGAAACCUAUGCUGUGUCAACUAUUUAAUCUCAAUCCAAAUUUAGAGCGGAAUCCAGCUUGAAUGUUGUGUCCAUACUUGCCCCAACUGUUCAGGGUUCAACCUCUGCGGUCGUAUAAAGCUACGCCCUGCGGAGCAUCUGGUUCUAUUUGCAAAAGAUUGCAUAAAAAAGAUUUACAUUUUUUUGUUCUUUUGCCUUUAUACUUAAUUAUGCAAAUUAUAACAAAUUUCAAAAUAAAAUAAAUCAAUAGAAGAUUUGUAAUACUCAGUGUGCCAUGAAUAAAUAUUUGUUUAAGCUUG